GCUUUAUUGGAAACCUAGCUUGCGCUGGCGUCCGGCCACUCUCUCCGUCUCAGAGUCUGUUCCCCCGCUGUCCCCGUCCACCGCUCCUCGCCGCCGUUCCUGCUCGUCCUCCACCCCGUAGGAAUCAUGUCGGACGAGGAGCACCACUUCGAGUCGAAAGCCGACGCCGGGGCGUCGAAGACCUUCCCGCAGCAGGCUGGGACGAUCCGGAAGAACGGUUACAUAGUUAUCAAGGGGAGACCGUGCAAGGUUGUGGAGGUUUCAACCUCAAAGACUGGGAAGCACGGUCAUGCAAAAUGCCACUUUGUUGGCAUCGACAUCUUCACUGCAAAAAAGCUUGAGGAUAUUGUGCCCUCGUCCCACAAUUGUGAUGUUCCCGAUGUUACUCGUACUGACUAUCAACUGAUUGAUAUAUCUGAGGAUGGUUUUUUGAGUCUUCUGACUGAAAGUGGUAACACCAAGGAUGAUCUUAGACUUCCAACUGAUGAGGCUCUUCUUUCUCAGAUCAAAGAUGGGUUUGCGGAAGGAAAAGAUCUGGUCGUGACUGUGAUGUCUGCUAUGGGUGAGGAACAGAUUUGUGCACUGAAGGACAUUGGCCCCAAGUAGCAUCUUGGUUUUGAUCAAUAUGGAGAUUCCUUGUAUUUGAAGAUAUGUGGUCGGCUACUGUUUCCUUGGCUUGAUCUCGCUUUUAUCACAUGAACCAUGGGCGAUGAGGGGUGAUCCUUGCCCAACCAAUCUCUAAAACUCCUUCCAUAUGGUCCCAGUGCUAUAAUAUCUAUGUUUUAGGUCUUUCCUUUUUCUUUUUCUUUUCUUUUUUUGCCUUUUAGUAGUAUAUUGCUGGAAAUGCUGGUAAAGACAAUGAUUUUUUUUUUUUUUUUUAAGCUUUUGUUGCGUAUGAUGCUGUUUCUCUACCAUUUUACGGAAUGUAUUUUGCAAGAUAUAUCCCGUCUUCCCAUAAGUUACUCCACAAAUUUCAAUAGUACCGCAAUCUUUUUUUUUUAUAUAUAAAAAGACUAACUUUUGCUGCACUAUUAGUGAAGGUUGGAAGGGAGGAUUUCUUGCUUAUGCUUGAUGGCUCUCUGAGGUGAGUAACGGGGGAAUUAGUUAACAUAGUUAACUUGCAUUAGUAAGAAACAUCCUUUACAAGUUCCCAUCGGUCUUGUGGAUUUAAGUGAAAGUUAACUGCAAGCUUGAGAUUGUGGGAGAUGUCAUUGGCCUUGAGGUGGUUGUAAGGAAGUUUGGUGGAUCUGAAGUGCCAUUGUGCUCGGUGGUGAUACUGUGGUGGCUGGUGACGGUUCUCUGGUCUUGUGGCGCGAAGUGGUGGUUGACUGCAAGACUUGAAAGGUGAUUUAUGAUAGAAGUUUGGUGGAUCGGUUUGUUUCGCACUCAUUGUGCCAACUUUGAUUCAUUAUAUUGUAAAGGUGGUCAUUGAGUAAGUAAUUGCUGUUGCUUAUUGUAAUUUUGGCCGUAAUUUCUGUUGCUUAACAUGUUUAAGGGGUGUAAUGACUUCUAAAUUCAGCGCUAUUCUUUUGUUCGUUUUGGUUGGUGAGGUGAGUCUGGUAAAGAUUCAUCAUACAACUCCAAGCCCUUUUGUGAUCGAAUAAAGUAAUGUUACAUUGU